AUGGCGAAAUGUUCUGCUUCUACCCAACAGGAAAUGGGCAUGAUAGCUCUGGUUUGCGAACCCGAUCAACGCGAUGCUACACUCCAAGCUAUCUCGCGCCAUCUGUCUUCCAACCCAGACCUACGCUGCAACAUCGCCAACAUCAAUUCCAAAACCCAAUUUGUGCUCAGUGGAGAGAUUGCACAUAUCAACACUGUGCUGCAACAUAUCCGCCAUUUCGACAGCCAUGAUCCUAGAGCUGUGCGCCUGAAAGCUGAUUCGCCGUUUCAUUCGCCGUUGAUGCAACCUGCUGUGGAGUUAAUGCGUUCCCUGCUGUCUGCACCCAACGCCGUCACUUUCAACCUCUCAACCCUCCCUUGCAUCUCCAACAUCACCGCUGCACCCUUCUCCUCUGCUGCCGAACUUGUCGACCUGGUCGCCCGCUCAGCCGCCGAACCAGUGCUGUGGCACCAAAGCAUCGUCCACCUCCACCGCGACCAUAAAGUCAAACGGUGGAUUGGAAUCGGACCUGGCAAAGUAGGCAGAAACCUGGUGGGCAAAGAAGUAGGCAUGAAAGGUGUGGAUGUCAAAGGAGGUGGUGUGUUAGCCCUCACAGACCCAAAGGAAAUCGAAGAGUUUAUGAGGGCGUUGGAGACGACGAAUUCAGCUGGCGAUGGGGAUGCGGAUGGGGAUGUUUAA